GAUGUUGCAAGAAAAAUGGAGAACGAUCAAGCAAACCAGUAGAUAACAAAUUCGCCUUCUCUCCUCUAAGAGCUCAAAUGCCAACACCGAAUGGCAGUCAGGGAAAACGGCCGUUAAAUCGCCGUUGAGAAAUUCGCCCGGGGAAACCCGCAUCGUUCGUGCGUCCGCCGACGAGAGCCAAGGGAAGGACACGUAUCUCCUUCGGUAUGCGAGAGAACGCGGAGUCGAGAGCGAUCAUCGAGAAAUGUUCAUGAUCUUCGCACUGACCUCACCGAAGAGGUGAAUUGUACUCGAAGAUUAUACGAUGAGCAAGGAGGAGGAGAGCAGCGGUGAAGUCGAGCCGCAGGAUGCCGCCUCUGCGUUGGAGGUGCCGCAGAAAGAUCCGAACGCGGACAUCUACGAGAAUCGCGGUUCCAAGAAAAUCAUCCGCGUGGUCACCGUGAUGGCCUAUCUGUUCUCCGUGAGUUUCGUGGGCAUCCUGUUGAGCGCCUACUACAUAUUCCUGUGGGAACCGCCGAACCCGGGACUCAUCGAGCGAGAACGUCCGCGAACGGAGCCGCAGGUGCAGCUCCUGACCGCUGAGCCGUACUUGGAGGAAACGGACCUCCUACUGGAGAACGUGCUCAAUCGCACGUACAAGAGCAGGCCUUUCCUGGGUCGCAUCGCGCACGAUUCGCACGACAGCGACCCCGACGAGAUCUCGGGUGGUCUCGCGAUGCCUCGGCAGGGAAGGCUGAACGCAAUGCUGCUGAAGCUGAAGUACUCGCUCAUGGAAACCAUGCGAGAGACCCGGCGACAGAAUCGGACGACUCGCUUGUCGCACGAAGUAACUUCCCCGAACGAACACGGCGAUUCUUUCCUCGCAGCGAAAGCGACAGAGAAGGUGCUUCAUUCGACGGAGAAUUCGAGCUCGGACGAAACGUCGCGCGGAAGCGUUCCCGUGGGGAAGACUCGAAUCGACAACGGUACCGGUCUGUACGAAAAAUUGACGAACUUCUUGAGCACGCUGUUCGUCGGAGAGUCCUCGGCGUCGAAAUCCCUGACUGUUUCUGCCGACGAACCGAAGCAGACUCGACGUUUCGGCGGGAGACCCGCCGAUCGUGACGAAAAUUCGACUGUCCUAAGCGAGAUUCGGAAUUCUCUAGAGAAGACCCACCUCGCUGGACCGUAUACCGUUGUAGUAAACGAAUCCAGGGACUCGCGAAGCAGCCGAGACUCUACGAUGCGACGAGAUAGUGAAGAUGGCGAAGAUCGGUGGACGGAGCGAGGGAAAAAUUCCGCCGGUAGCCAAAUGAUCGACAACGAUCGAGAAGAAAAAGAUGAUUCUAACGAGCCGAGAGACGUAGACGUUGCUUCGGAGGAACACCCGAACAGCCAGACAAGUCGUUCUCCGUCUGCGAGCAACAGUGUUAAUUGCUCCGGGCGAAAUUGUUCCAGCAAUGACGAAUGUUGCAAGAGCGAAAGCAUCGCGCGUGAUAGAGUAUCGACCGACUCGUCGGGGAAGUCGAGAUUCGACGAUGAUCCGAGGCCCCAUCAACCGCCAGACGACUUGGCCGUAAAAGCGACGUAUGCCGCGAAAUACCGAAGAAAUUCCGAAGAAACACAGAUAGAAAAGAUGACGGCUAGAUCCACGACAAUAGAUAAUAAACAGUUGGAGGAGCUGGAUUUAUCGACCACGCAACGACAGAAAGGACUUUGGGAAAUCUUGACGGAAAAUACGGACAUCGAGGAAACAUUAGUCGAAUUCACGUCGAUGUCAACGGCGCAGGAUUAUCGCAACAAUUUCACUAGCAUCGUGAACGACGACGACGAGAGCAUCACGUAACCAAAUCAGAC